AAAAUCUAAGAUGAAUCCAAAAAGAUGUGCAGCUUGCAAGUAUCUGAGAAGAAGAUGUCCAAAAGAUUGCGUAUUCUCACCAUAUUUCCCUCCAAACGAUCCUCAAAAAUUUGCAUGUGUCCACAGAAUCUAUGGUGCUGGAAACGUUUCCAAAAUGCUUCAGCAACUUCCUGAUCAGACAAGAGCUGAAGCAGUGGAAUCUUUGUGCUUUGAAGCAAAAUGCAGAGUAGAUGACCCUGUUUAUGGUUGUGUUGGCAUUAUUCAUUUACUUAAAACUCAGAUUCAGAAAACUCAGAAUGAAUUAGCCAAAACUCAAGCUGAGAUUGCUGUUGCUCAAACCAAACUUAGCCAAACCCAAAAUUCUGAUUUUAUGUAAUAUCUCU